UUCUUACUCCAGUGCUUAACAUAACUUCAAUAUUGAUCGAAACCGGCCGUCGUAUGUUUUAGAUUUAAGUGUGCUAAUGGCUGGAAACCAGGUUGCGGCGGGAGAGGAGAGGGGCAUGAUGGCCAACUCGGAGUGGGUGGAGAGCUGGGCGCUGGGGAACACAGGCUUCCACUUCGACAAACAUGACCCGUAUUUGGACGAGCACGAGGAGGAGAUAUUCGGGGAUGAACCGAAGAACGUGUUUGUACCUUUGUGUGGAAAGUCCAAAGAUAUGAUUUGGAUGCACGGGCGUGGCCACACGGUAGUUGGGGUGGAGAUAGCAGAACAGCCGAUACGAGAGCUGUUCCAGGAACAUGACAUACCUCACCAAGUCCUCGAAGUUGCCGGCGUCGGUAAACUUUACAAGAGCAAUGAUGAGAGAUUACUUCUCUACGCUGCAGAUAUAUUUGACAUAUCCGAGUCUUUGGUCGGCAAAUUUAAUGUGAUUUGGGACAUGAAGUCCAUAGUUGCCAUCAAUGUCGCCGAUAGAAUAAAGUACCGGGACCUCCUGCUGUCUGUCCUGUACCGGGACGGGGUCUACUAUGUCGGGGCCCUCGAGUUCGACUCCUCCGUAUGGGCAGGUCCUCCACACACCAUGGACAGGAAAGCAAUCGAAGAUCUGUUCCCGGAGUGCCUUGUGGAGCUGAUAGAUGAAAUGAACGUGACGGGACGAACGUUGUCCACCUUAAAGAGUGAAGAAAAGAUGGUCGAGUUUAACGACGCCGGGCUCGCACUGAAAAGCUCACCGUACCUGUACGCACGCACGUACAAGAUGAAAUUUAAAUGAAGGAAAUGCCUCGUCAUUGGGUUCCGAUAUUUUGACAGAAAGUCUGGUUUAACCUCCAGCGAAAAAUGACUAAUCAGUGGUAUUGUUCUCAAAAUAGAACUUGUCCCGGACAGGAAAUUUGUUUUAAAAUUUGAAAGUAUCUCUAUAAUUAAUUACUUUAAAACGGUUAACUUAAAUCAUGGUUGAAAUACUACGGUCUAUAUUUACAAUUUUGAACCUUAUGUAUAUGUAUAAAUGAACGUGUCUAUGUAUAAGUGUGUAUUGCCGUAUUACUGAAAUAUUUUCUUCCAUUAUUUAAUGAAAAGUAGUCUCUGUAAGUGCCAUGAUAUAUGUUGAAAUAUGACUUGCAUUUUCUCUCAAUUUACCUUUACGCUUAUUUCAAAAGUGUAGGAAGUUUUAGAAUAUUUAAUAAUAAAAAAUAAACAA